AUUACCCUCAGGAAACAGAACAAUUCCAACAGAUAUACUCGGUCGUUGCAGUAUUUCUUCCUCCCCUUCCCCAGAAUAUCCUCUCUUCAUCCCCUUCCCUCCUAUCCCUUUCAAUUCCAAUCCCCGUUACAGCAAUAACAACAAGAAGAAGUGCUUGAGCAGCAAAAUCAAACCCUUAAGAGGGCGAGCCAGCCCUCCCUCCUUCUUUCCUCCAUUAUUCCUCCGAGCGCAGAUUUGUCAACGCAAAGAAAGGUGGGGUGGAAAGAAGGAGACGAAGGGAAAUUAAUCAAUGGAGGGCGGGAGAAAUCAAUCGAAUAGUGGGAAUGGGACUGUGAAUAAUGUUGUUCGAUCUGGGUUUCCUCUCAGCUUCUGGGAAGCCGCCGUUGGCGCCUUCGUCAUUCUCGGAUUCGCGGUGGGUCUCCUCCUCGUUUACCUCACCCUCCCGCCGUCCGAUUACAGCUUCCUCAAGCUGCCUCGUAACCUCGGGGAGCUCCAAAUCCUCAGGGAUCACCUCGAGACUUACACCAGUGAUUACACGGCACAAGUUCUAGUCGGCUACUGUGUGGUCUAUGUCUUCAUGCAGACGUUUAUGAUCCCGGGGACUGUGUUCAUGUCGUUGCUGGCCGGAGCCCUCUUUGGGGUUUUCAAAGGUGUAGCUCUGGUGGUGUUCACUGCCACUGCUGGAGCUUCCUCUUGCUUCUUCCUGUCAAAGAUCGUUGGCCGCCCUCUGGUCUUCACUCUCUGGCCUGACAAGCUCGUGUUCUUCCAAGAGCAGGUGGCACGUCGAAGGGAGAGAUUGUUGAACUACAUGCUGUUCUUGAGACUGACUCCUACAUUGCCAAACACAUUCAUCAAUGUGGCAUCGCCUAUUGUAGAUGUGCCUUACCACAUCUUCUUCCUGGCGACCGUCAUUGGGCUCAUCCCCGCCGCUUAUAUCACUGUCAAGGUAACUCUCUUCCUAAUUUCGCUUUACCUACGCGCCACUAAACUUUGGGGUCACUAACAAAUAAGUUAUAAGCUUGGAAACUGAUGGUCUAGUGUGUACAAUUCGAGUGUUUGUUAUAUUAGUUAUUCUAUUUGAUGAUAAGUUAGAUGAAAUUCAGAAUUCAGUUACCAGUUGGUUGUCGACCGUUUAUGUAGUAAUUGGCACAAUGUGCAACUUUCAGGGCAUGUAGUGAGGUGACAUUGUUUCUGUGGUUGUAUCGUGCACAGGCAGGAAUAGCUCUGGCAGAGCUGCAGUCAGUGACGGAUCUAUACGACUUCAACUCCAUUGCAGCUAUGUUCCUCAUUGGGGUCGUUUCCAUCACCCCCACGCUGAUGGGCGGCAACGAACAGAAGAAGAAAGCCGCUAAUGCUGCGAUCGAAUAGCAGAUGACGACGACAUGAUGGUGAGUGUCGUCUGCCUGUGGAAGAACACGAAAGGUGCUUUCAAGGUAAAGGGCAUGGUUUCUGUACGUACAGACCAGCACUAGAAGGAAAAGGCGGAAGGGGGCAAAAAAUGUACAGCUGAUGCUGUUAGAUAAAAGCUGAGAUGGAUGGGCCGACUGUUCGUGAUGUUGGAAUGUGUAAAUUUGAGUGCUUUUGUAAAGUCUGAUGGGGGAGAAGGGUGUUCGGAGGGAAGGCGGGAGAGGAAAGGGAGGUGGAAGUGGACAUUGUUAAACUUCAAUCAUGUAAACCGUUGUAUAGCUCCCACCUUUUAACUUAUUCUGUAAGGAAAUAAGAUUUCUUCUUAUU